CUUAGCUUCAGAGGCAGACAACCAAAAACCCAUUCUUAACGAAGGAUGGGAAAAAUGGUGCCUUCACAAGUGACCUCUCUUGUGGUCACUCUCCUAGUGGCAAUAGUCUCUCUCACAUUGCCUUCAGAAACUUCAGCUAACUACCCUUACACCUCUCCACCACCACCGGCCUCUCCUCCCUACCAUUACAAGUCACCACCGCCUCCUUCUCCUUCUCCUCCAGUGCACUACUCACCACCUAAGCAUCCCUACCACCCUAAGUCACCACCACCUCCUGUGUACGCACCACCUAAGCAUCCCUACCACCCUAAGUCACCACCACCUCCUGUGUACCCACCACCUAAGCAUCCCUACCACCCCAAGUCACCACCACCAUCACCAAAGCCUUACCACUACAAAUCCCCACCACCACCUCCUGCUCCAGUGCACUCACCACCCCCACCUAAGGAGCCAUACCACUACAAGUCCCCACCACCACCACCCAAGAAGCCCUACCACUACAAAUCUCCCCCACCACCUCCUCCUCCAGUUCACUCACCACCACCACCCAAGGAGCCUUACCACUACAAAUCUCCACCACCACCACCCAAGAAACCUUACUAUUACAAGUCUCCUCCACCACCACCAAAGAAGCCUUACCACUACAUGUCUCCUCCCCCACCGGUGUACUCACCACCUCCACCAGUGCACUCACACCCACCACCAAAAAAGCCUUACCAUUACAAAUCUCCUCCCCCGCCAGAAUAUUCACCAGCUCCACCAGUGCACUCAACCCCACCACCAAAGAAGCCCUACCAUUACAAAUCCCCACCACCACCACCACCACACAAGAAGCCUUAUUACCCUGUUCACUCACCACCUCCACCUAAGAAGCCUUACCACUACAAAUCCCCACCACCACCUUCUCCUACUCCUCCUAAAUACUCACCACCUAAGCACCCCUACCACUACAAGUCUCCACCACCACCACCAAAGAAGCCUUACCAUUACAAGUCCCCACCACCUCCUUCUCCUACUCCCCCUAAAUACUCACCACCUAAGCACCCCUACCACUACAAGUCACCACCACCACACCCCAAGAAGCCUUACCACUACAAGUCUCCACCACCACCACCUCCUCCAGUUCCCACACCAUCUCCACCCAAGAAACCUUACCACUACAAGUCUCCCCCACCACCCCCUCCAGUCUACAAGUCUCCUCCACCACCAGUUUACUCACCACCACCACCACCUAAGAAACCUUACAAGCCACCAACUCCUCCAGCAGUUCACCCACCACACGGUUACAUCUAUUCCUCACCCCCACCUCCUCACCACUACUAGAUAUUGAAAGUUUAAUUGCAUCAAGCUGUAGCCGUGUGUAACAAAUAGACCAAUGGCAGAGACCCAACAAAUAACAAUAAUAUGUCUUUGCAGGUAAGGGAAGAAGAAAGGUCAGAAUAAAGAGGGGCUGUUGAAGUCGAACAGCGCGCCUUAUUACCACACAAAGAAGAAGAGAGAGAAAAAAACGAGUCUCCACGCAGCUGCUGAUGUGACGUGUUUUAUGUAUGCGAUAUUCGAUAGAGGUUCAUAUUUUCCUUGGAAUAUUAGACAGUUGUAGGGCACUCAUGUUCCAUGUAUUUUAUUUCCUGUUUCUCAAAAGAGAUGGUAUAUGUAUGUUGUUUGUUUCAACCUUCUAAUGGAGAGGUGAUCAUCAUAAUAAUAAAAUAAAUACAUUCCCCAAAUUUUACUUAA